AUGGUGCCACCGAAAUCACAGAGACAGCAUGAGUUCUUUAAAACAAACAAGAGAGAAAAAGGGAGACCAGAUCAUGGAGGUGGAGGCAGUGCGAUAUCUCCCUCACAUCAUUCUGAAGUGGGUUCUGAUUCAGAUUCCACACAAAUUUUAGGAGAAACUGUAGAAGAUCUCUCCCUGACAGCAAAAAGGUUGGCAGACAUGCUCUCCACUCUGAGAACAUCAUUACAGCUAGAUUUUAGAAAAAUAUCAGAAGAAAUCCGUAAGGAGUUGGGCACGAGAACAUCUACCCUGGAAGAAAAAAUGGAUGAGCUAUGUGAAAAUAAUAACAAAAUGAGGGAAAAACUUAACAAAAUGGAAGCAGACUAUCAACAACUCCAGGAAAAAAUGGCAGAUAUAGAGGAUAGAUCUAGGUGCAACAAUAUCAGAGUCAGAAAUGUGCCUGAAAAAGUCCAGGGGCAGAUAUUCCACUUUACUUAG